CCGUUUAAGUUUCAUUUUAGAAAGAAGACAUAAAAUAUGUUAGAAAACAAUGAGUUCAUACCUUCAACUUGGUGAUCUUGUUUUAUGUGGCCAGAUUCAGUUUCACCAGAAAAUGGUCUUGCACUGUUUCCACAUGUAUUUGGCUCAAACAUUUUACAGCCAGUUAUAUGUGAAAUGAGUGCAUUGAAAGCUUGUUGUAGGAUCACUUGUUACCUGCCAGCUAUACAGACACAACUGUUUGUGCCAGUGUAAUCUUACAUAUGCUCACGACCUGGGAGACCUAAGACUACUGUUUUGCUACUUCCUGUCAAGUGUGGAACCAGCUGGUGAAUGCCCUUCCACUACAGGGUGGGGUAGGGAUGCUAUUACUACGGAAGAUGGGCUGGAAGCCUGGAGAGGGCCUAGGGAAGAAUAAUGAAGGUCCCAGUGAACCUCUUAUGUUGGACGUCAAAAUGGACAGAAAAGGAUUGUAUGGAGAAGGAGAAGGACCCAAGAAAGCACCUGUGGCAAAAAUGCCAAAAGAUUUAUCUGGUAAACAUCCUGUGUCUGCACUGGUUGAACUGUGUAAUAAAAGAAGAUGGGGAUCACCAAACUUUCAGCUCGUUUUUGAAGAAGGACCAUCUCACAAAAAGAAUUUCCUGUUCAAAGUGAAAGUUAAUAACACAGAGUACCAGCCAUCAGUGGCAUGUAACAAUAAGAAAGCAGCCAAAGCUAUGGCUGCCACAGUAUGUCUGCAAGCCAUGGGUCUGGUGCCAAGGGACAGUGCCACAUAGAACAAUUUCUCAGAACUCAAUUUACAUAUGUAAUAUACAAGAUAAUAACAAAGUUUUCAAUGGUCUAUAUGGCAAAGCAGUAACAAAGGACAUUAUACCUAUUCUUUUGCCAUAAUGUCAGAUAUAUGAAUGUUCUAAGAACCAGCAUACCACCUGAUCAGAACUGUUUGUUCAGUGCAUCAGAGACACUCAAUUUUAUUAAAUAUUUUUUUUGUCAUUCUUCAGAGUCACUUAAAAUAUAUUUUAGAAAACAUU